ACCACGUCAUGUCAGUGACCUAGCUGCAACAACAUAAACAAAAAUGGCAGAGUUAGCAUGCUUCAGCGCUGUGAUGACUUGACUCGAUCCUUUACAUGACACUCCUUCAGACUGUAUCUGAACACUUUAGACGAACACACGCUCUGUGUCUUGAGAUUUAAAGCAUAUGUGAAGUGUGAGCAGCGGUGAAAUCUGGGAUGAACAGCUCGGGUCAUGAUGGACAGCGAUCUGAGCCCACAGGACAGGAAAGACUUGGACAAAUUCAUCAAAUUUUUUGUCUUGAAGACCGUGCAGGUGAUAGUGCAGGCUCGUUUGGGCGAGAAGAUCUGCACUCGCUCGUCCUCUUCCCCCACAGGCUCAGACUGGUUCACCCUGGCAAUUAAAGACAUCCCAGAGGUGACCCAUGAAGCGAAAAAGGCUCUGGCUGGGCAGCUGCCCAGUGUUGGGCGCUCCAUGUGUGUGGAGAUUUCCCUGAAAACAUCAGAGGGGGAUUCCAUGGAGCUGGAAACAUGGUGCUUGGAGAUGAACGAGAAGUGUGAAAAGGACAUUAAAGUCUCCUACACGGUUUAUACGCGUCUGUCCCUGCUUCUUAAAUCUCUCCUGGCCAUCACGAGAGUUACUCCUGCCUACAAACUGUCACGCAAACAAGGCCAUGAUUAUGUCAUCCUGUAUAGGAUAUAUUUUGGUGAUGUGCAAUUAACAGGACUUGGUGAAGGUUUCCAGACGGUACGUGUAGGAGUUGUAGGUACUCCCAUAGGAACCCUCACGCUCUCCUGUGCAUACCGCACCAAUCUGGCCCUCAUGUCCUCCAGGCAGUUUGAGAGGACGGGCCCCAUCAUGGGGAUCAUCAUAGACCACUUUGUGGAGCGUCCGCUCGGGAACACGGCCCUCAUGCACCCCUGCAACUACAGAGCUCCAGGUGAGGAAGAGGGAGGGGUUUAUGCCGGGGUGGAGGACUCACAGGAAGUGUGCACCACCUCCUUUUCCACUUCUCCACCUUCCCAGUGUCUGUGUACUGUAAGUCAGGCACAUAGUAAAACUCCUAAACCUGCUCUGAUGGCCACUCUGAAGGUCCCUGUGAUGGGGCUGGGCUUCUCACAGCAACUUUGCACUUCUCGUCUGUCAUAUCAGACCCCCCUCCUGGGGCCAGUAGACUUGUGCCAUCCUACUGCCUGCACUGCUGCUGCCCACCCACACCAGAUAGCUGUUCCAGGGAAAGAAGGCGGAGUCCCGCAGGUGCUGGUUCAGCCCAAUCAUGGCACUCAGGCAGAUCAUGGGCGUGUCCCGUCCUGCCCCUCAGCAGACACGCCCCACCCUCCACCCUCGAACUGCAGCAGCGGCGAUACAGAUGUGUUAUCGAGAAGUAGCGAAGGGAAGAGUGUGUCUCCUUUAGAUGCCCCUGAGACGACCUUCACCAGGAAAGUGGGAGCCUUCGUCAACAAACCCACCACACAGGUGACCACUGCCAGUCUGGAUCUGCCGUUUGCUGCAUUUGCUCCCAGAGGUUAUGACUUGGAGGAGAACGACCCCAUGGUGCAGCCGCCAGCAUCACCCACCCCCUCCUCUCCAUUACAAGACAGUCUGCACUCACAGAGCUCCAGCCAGAGUGGAGGCCAAGCACAAGAUGACUUUGUCAUGGUUGAUUUUAAACCAGCGUUCUCUAAGGACGACCUGUUGCCAAUGGACCUGGGCACUUUUUACAGAGAGUUUCAGAAUCCUCCCCAACUCACAAGCCUUUCCAUCGAUGUCAGUGCUCAGUCUAUGGCUGAAGACUUGGACUCUCUGCCAGAGAAGCUGGCCAUCUACGAGAAGAACAUUGAUGAGUUCGACGCAUUUGUGGACACACUACAGUAGAUCACAACAAAAUCAGACUACUCUGAAGAAAGUCUUUUUUUUUUUUUUUCUUUUUUUCUUUCCCUUCAGCCAUAACAUUAUAUGGCUGAUUGCUUUGGGGUUUCCUGCUCGUCUGCUGUUUAUUGCCUAUGUUUAAGCCAUAUGCUGUAAUAUUUAAAGCGCUUUUCUUUGCAUCCACUUCCUGAUAUUCUUGAGCAUGAUUCAUGAUUCCUGGAGUAUAUGAGAGGUUUUAGGUAAAUAGUUAAUAGUUUAAAAAAAAAAAAAAAAAAAAAAGCCAGUAGUCUUUACACUUGUUCAUUUGGGUUGUCUACUAUUUGUUUCUUCCUCUUCUUCUUUUUUUUUUUUUUUUUUUUUUUUUUUGGUAAAUGUGUCUAUCACAAACUCAUUUAGCUUCAUGACAAACCAAAAUGUCUCAGUGGAGAACCCAUGGAGGAUCUGACCCUGAACGUUGUAGAUCCUUUUGCAUUGGAUUACUUCCGAAUUAUGUUUGAAAGGGCGGGUUGGUGUGGAGGGACCUUGGCAGGCCCAAAUCAUCAUGAUAAAUGUAUAUAGUGCACACUUUUAUUUAAUUUUAUAGAGCACUGCCAAGAGCUAGAAGCCCACACGCAUCUGAUAUGCUCUGCAUAAAUCUCAGUGGUUGAAUCGCAAUAAUCCUUCCUUUACUACCAUUUCCACCAUGUUUAAGAUGAAACCAAAAAAAAGCUUAACUACAUCCAGACCUGUGACCUGUCCAAUGGAGAGGGAGUGUUUGCUGGAAGAGUAGAAUUGUAUUUAAUUGUAGUUAUGCGAAGACCAUUACUAUCUGUAUCAAUACUGGGAAAAGGUAUGCGCCCAAUACUGUGCUCAUUUAGUGGUACUCAUAAAAAUGCUCUGAUACAACACUCGAUACUGUGUGAUACUAUAUAAUGUAAGACUAGUCCACGUUUUUGAACAGAAAGCACAAAAUGACAGUGAUGUGGAAGUAUUUCAUGAUUAAUGAUCGAAGCAAACCAAACUGAGACCUGUGCUCUGUAAAAAUAUCAAGAGGAGGAUCUAUAGCAUCGUCCUACAAUACAAGAAGCUUGAUAAAAUAUCUUAUGGCAAACAGGAUCUUUAAUAGAGUGUGUGAAGAUUAUCAACUUAGACUUACAGUUUACACUAAUUAAAAAUCAGUGUAAUGUGCAUUGAAUUGUGCGCACACAGGCUGUGAAGUGAGCAGAGAAGCUGUUGCACAUGAGAGCACUUCAGUCCUGCGAGCACUGAGUACUGCACUCGGUCUCCACUUAGCUCAACAGUCAAGGUGCAGUUCAUGGUACCUUGCUCUUAUCGUUAACAGAAAAAUUAAAUUCCAUGACGUCCCUGAUUGCUUGUUACAUAGCAGGUUACUCAUUUCGGUGUUGGUAUCAAUGAGUACCAAAGGUAUUUGUACUCAGUCGGAAAAAGAAAAUGGUAGUUAUGCAUCUCUACGUUACAAGAAAAGAUCUCAAGAUGACAGUUUUUUUAGUGAAUCCAUCAUUUACCUUCACUUCAUGUUCUAAACUUAGUAUGCUCAGAGCACGAAAAAAUGCCAUGCAUUUAUGCUCUCUGCUCCUGAUACGUUAUUGACCACAUGGAUGUUCUCCUGAAAUAUUCCUUGCUGAUAUUUUUAAUAUUUAAGAAUUUGCUUGAAGCAUGUAUAAAUUUUAUUCUUGAUUCAAGAAGCAUAAUUAUCCAUUGUGAUCAUAAUAUUUCAAAACUUCUACUAAACCAGACAGCGUAGUCUAGUUCAACACUGUUCACAUUACUCUCUGUGUAGUGUUAUUGUGUUAUAGUUGGUGUUUUAAGAGCUUCAGCUUUUCCCCUCUGUCCCCUUAAGCACUGUUCCCUGGCAUGUACAUGUGUGCAAUAAACUGGUUUAUUUCAAAACA